ACGUGUACUUGUACUUGUGUCAUUUCUACACUGUAACGUUACUAAUUGUACUUACGGAAAGAAUGCGAGUACUCCUUCCACCAUGGGUUAUUAAGUACUGAUACCUUUCAAGGUUGACACUAGAUAUCAUGUCAAUGUGUUAGCUUGUUUGUUUGCUGGUUUCACGUGAUUUUCUCCCGGUACAGCAGCCCUGUAAAGCGGUUCGGCCUACCUCCUGCUCCGGUGUGUUGAGCGAGGAGCGGAGCGUCUUGCUGAGGGCAAAGCUCCGCGUCGGGGAGGCCGGUUUUCGGAACUCAUCCUCGGCAGCCGUAGUGGAGUCCGAGCUGGACAUGGCAUCACCCGGUUUCUCGAUGUCCCCCGCGGCCGAGAAAACCACCAUCACCCUGGGUAGAGGCAACGUCCGUCUCUCCUGGAUGAAGCGCCUCACCCGUGUCGUUGCGGCAGGCAGCGGGCUGAAGGACAGAGCCUGCUGCCGCUCCUGCCGCUCCCUGCCACCGCCGCCCUCAGAAGAACCGUUGGAACCGUUGGAACCGCUCGAGCCAUUCUGCUGCAUGCGCGCGGCGAGCCAACCGUCGGGCGGCGGCACCGAAAUCACGGGACGAUAGCUGCACGAGCCACGGUGAGAGGCUGCUAUUAAAAACAACAACACAGGGUGGGGAGCGAGCAGCUGCCGGAAGGAACACACCCCCGCCUUCAGAGCCGAAGCGGAAAGAUGAGACGUGCAGCUUCAGGGAGGUCUGCUCUGCCUCGAGUGAGACGGAUGUGGGGAGAUGGUGAAAUAGGAAACACUUUUCUGCUGCUGUGCAGAAUGAAGGCAGCCGGACCACUGGAGGUAAAACACUGCACACACAUCACAUCAGAUAUCAUUAUUGGGUAUGAUAGGAAACUCCGUUGUGCUGGCUGCAGUCCUGGCUGCUGUGUCAGUCGGGUCGCUGAGUCUGCUGUCAGUGCUCUGCCUGCGAUGCAAGAAGAAAUCUAAGAUCAUACACGAGGAGCGUCAGAUAUACGACCCGAGGACGUUCCAACGUGGGGGAAGUAGGUUUGCUGUGACAGAAUCAAAAACAGUCACCAGAGCAAACCAUAUCAGGUCAACCACAGCAGAAACUCGAGAGGAAUUUUCGGACAUCUCAACAGCUGCAAAUGAUGAUCAGUGGGACUAUCAAAAUGUCUCCGAUGCUCAAACAGGAAGUCCAGAACACACAUAUGUAGCUCCACUCGCAAUUUCAGUUUAUGUGAACGAUCUGAAUAAAGGAACAAUAACUGAUGAUAAUCAGAAUCCAGCUGUUUAUGCUAACAUCACCUCAUCACUGCCACACAUUAUGGACGACGAGGAAGACUACGAGAACUCUGACUUUCUGGACAAAAUUCAGGAGGAAGAAGACAAUGAGCCAGAUUAUGUGAAUGAAAACGGCUGACACCUCCAGAAAGGAUCCUCCUGCACCCUGACCUCUGUGUUAAAUUGAAAGUAAAAUAUUGAUGUCUUAAAGUAUUUUAUUCCGGCUCUGCGGACUGAUGUGCUCAUGACAGCUGGGUGAAUAAAUGCUCAUGGAGCGUGUGAUUGUUUGGGGCUGCCAUCUAGAGGGGAGAAGUAGCAGUGUGUAUAACUCACAACAGGGCUGUCUUGUGUCUGAGAUUAAAGUCAUGUAAAUAAAAGAGAAGUUUAUCAGCAGCAGAAUCCCUUUCCCAUUUCAUCCCUAUUAAUUCUAUAUACAUUUACACAUUUCCAGACAUUUAUGUAUAAAUUAUUCUGAAAGUGUUCAAUUUUGAUAUUGCCACGGUAAUUUCUAAUUGAGAAAUGUAAGGAUUUCAUGUUGAAAAUCCCACAUGCAGGAUAUGUCGACCAGCUGUACUUGAACUCUUCUGUUUGCUAAAAAUCAACAUUUUUUAGGUAACUAAAGCUGCUAGGUACACGUAAAGGAGUAAAGUGAAGAGACAAGAUCACGCCAAGUAAAUUCCUUUAUAUUUGUACUUAUAUUUGUAAUUUUCCAUCAUCGAGUCUUUUAUAAUAACCUGUUAUGACACCACUGUAUUGUUGUUGACCCGCUCCUUUAGACACGUAAAUCAAUAAAAUGGAAUCACUGACA